AGGUCACAUUUAUCGCCACCGCUGAGACCGCCGCUUAGAGCCGUCUCCUCCGUUAUCUCCAUAACCACAGCAACCCUCAUCGCCUGUUGCAAAGGAGGAGUCACGAGUCUAGUUUUGGGUAUUCAUAUAGAGGGAGACGUACGAGGCCUUCCUUAAUUGAGUUAUUUCGGUUUUGGUUUCCAGACUUCAAAUGUUUGUUCUUCUUUCGCUGAGGAAAAUCCUGUAGAGUCUGAGCCAAUGUUGUCGGCGAGAACCUCAAAAGUUGUGGGUGUUUUUCCCGCCGAUAAAGCUGCUGGCAAGAUGUGUUGGGGUUGGGGUUGGGUAGGAUGGUGUGUAGGGCAAGUGGAUUUAAUUAGCAGAUGGGGAGAACUAAGGAACAGGCAUCAUUAACUCGGUUUCCACCCGCCCCUCUGAAAGAUAUUGAAUUUAAAAAAGAUUUAAACAAAGGAAACCAGGGAAAGGGAUAUGUGAAGGCUCUGAAAAGAAAACCUUGGAAAGGUGUGACAUGCCCUGUCUGUCUUGAGGUUCCUCACAACUCGGUCGUCCUCCUUUGCUCAUCUUACCACAAAGGAUGCCGUCCUUGCAUGUGUGCCACGGGAAGUCGUUUCUCAAAUUGUUUAGAGCAGUACAAAAAGGCCUAUGCGAAGGAUGAGAAAAGUGACAAACCGCCGGAGCUAUUGUGCCCGCUCUGUAGGGGUCAGGUGAAAGGUUGGACUGUUGUGGAAAAGGAACGGAAGUAUCUGAAUUCUAAGAAAAGGUCAUGCAUGAAAGAUAACUGCUCGUUUUAUGGAAGCUAUAGACAGCUCAAGAAGCAUGUCAAGGCAGUACAUCCGAGAUCCAACCCAAGAGCCAUAGACCCUGUGCUUGAGGAGAAAUGGAAGAAGCUUGAAGGUGAGAGGGAGAGGAGUGAUGUGAUCAGCACAGUCAUGUCGUCGACACCUGGGGCUGUGGUAUUUGGAGACUAUGUGCUCGAGCCGUACAAUGAUGAUUAUGAUGAUGAUGACGACGACAGUGAGUCAGAUGAUGGUAUUGAAGGUGGAUUCUUCGAGCUGGGAUCACUUGCAGGAUUUGACAUGAGUCGUAUACAACCACGUUUUGCUCCAGCCAUCUCAAGCCGGGGACUUCGCACUAUUCUCACAAGGAACCGGUGGGUUCGAAGCAGAGGUGUGAGCAGAAGGCGGCAAACACAAGAUUGAUGAUUGAUGAUUGAUGAUUGAAUGUUUCUACUCCGUCUGACCAAGUUAAGCUCCGAGCUCUAUAAAAGCCACGGAGAGAAAGGCGAGUGGGAACAAAACAAAUGGUUGUUGAUUGAAGUUUUUUAGUUAGCGGUUUAGAGUUUCAGUUGGGUGUUCCCUCGACCUUUGAUUUAAAAGAGUUCAAACGUUUUUAUAUGCUUUUGGUACUUUUUUUUGAUUUGAGAAUAGAAAGAAUUACUCGUUGUAUUCUAAAAAUUGGUUUAUUUCUGGUAUCUAACAAUUUUCUAAAAAUUGUUCAAAUGUCUAGUGUCUGACUGUAAUUAUAAUUUA